AUGAGCUGCUCUGAAAUGCCAUCGCAGUCUACGGAUGAGAUGGUCCAUUUUACUCUGUUGAGUCCUGCAGCUGCCCCCAUCCUGGCCCCGCGCCUGGGAAAAUUGGCCAUCGCGGGCAGAAAAGCCAUCUCCACGCCCAACUACAUUCCGCUCACGUCGCGAGGAUCCGUCCCUCAUGUCGCGCAUGAUGUGAUGCGCGAGCAGACUGCCAUUGGCAGCCUCUUCAUUGGUCUAGAGGAUUGUAGAUCAGUCAUAGAAAAGCAAGGACAGCCAGGACCACACCGAAAGGGCGCCCCUCCGAUAUACAAUGUUCCCACCGCGCCGAACGAGUCGGCGCUGCGAAAGUUCAUCAGUCUCCCUGAGGAUUUUGUGCUCAUCCUCGGCCCUCGAAGAAUCCCGUCGAUCGUGUGUCCCUCGACGAACACCCCCAACUCGAUUUCCGUCUUGACGUCUGUUGGGUUCCGGCAACUAGAAGCCGGCCAGUAUGUGGAGGCGGUACAGAAAUUACGACCAGAUAUCGUGGUGGGAUUGGCCGAUCUGGCUCAGGGACAGGCUCCCGGCUUGAAGAGGCGGGUGAAGAUGGCCGAUAGAACCCAUGCAUUCACGUCGCAUGCGACAGGAAGUCUCUACGGGGGCACAAUCACAGAGGAGGCCCGGUUGAAAGCGGCUUAUUUCGCACCCGUGUUGCCGCUGGAGAACACCCAACAGUCUCUGUAUCUGUCUGAUCUGGAGCAGGAGCUACGUCCCUACAUCUCAGGCCUCGCAUUGUACGAGUCGGCAUCCCUGUCGAUUCUCCCGGAGAACUUGGGCAAUCUUCCCCGUCUUCUUUUCAGCGGCCCAGUCACACCACACGACAUCCUGCGUGAAGUGUCUCUGGGAGGGGAUCUCUUCACUGUUCCCUUCGUUGGGAUUGCUUCGGAUGCCGGAAUCGCACUGGAUUUCACUUUCCCGUCCGCUUCUCCCACGGCGGCGUCCGACGUGAACCCGAGAGAACUCCAACCAUUGGCAUUCGACCUAUGGUCCUCCUCGCAUAAGACAGACACAAGUCCCCUGAAGGCGGCCUGCGACUGCUAUACAUGCACACACCAUCAUCGCGCAUACAUCCACCACCUCCUGUCCGCAAAGGAAAUGCUCGCGUGGACCCUACUCCAGAUCCACAACCACCAUACUAUGGAUACCUUCUUCGCCGCCAUCAGAGAGAGCAUCCAGCGUGGCACCUUCGAGGCCGACAUCGAGACAUUCACCCGAACCUAUGCGCCGGAGUUCCCUGAAAGAACCGGCGAGGGCCCAAGACUUCGUGGCCACCAGCUCCCCGCGGCUGGACCCAACCAACCCCGACGCUUCCCGCGCGUGUAUGGUCGCCUCGACGACGCCGCAGAGAAGUUCGCCGAGUCGCAAUCGUCCGUCGCCACGCCUGACACGGGUGCGGAUGGACUUGAGGCCCACGGCUUUGCCCAGAAGGAUCUACCUUAG